CCCGCCGCCGGCUGCGGAAUGGGCGGCUCUGGCUGCGGGCGGCCGGCGGCUGGCACACGGCGGAGGCAGCCGCAGCCGGUGCGAGGAGCGAGCCCACCCUGCCGCUGAGGAUGACGCGCGGGGCACCGGCGCUGACCUCUCUCGUGCCGGUCGCGAACCGAGAGCAGCCGAGGAGCCGCGCGGGGCGGGAGCACGCUUAUUAAGAGUUGACUUUCAAACGCUGCGUUUACGAAUGGCAUGGGAAAUAGCUGUGCUAGAAAAAGGAGUCCGUACGCAAGGACGGGGUCUGGUGCGCUGACAGCUACGGGGAAGGCAGCAGGUACCUGCAGGCAGCCACGAGCAGGGGAAGAAGGCAAGACACAUGACAAAAAUCACAGAGUGAAAUAGCUGGAAGUCCACCCACUGGGAAAGGCUGGAUGGCAGAACCACUGUGCAAUGCUGCUGUAAAGAAAUGCAAAGAAACUAUGCCCCAGACGCCAAUAUUUUCCAGCAUGCUUGGCUCCAGCUGUAGUGGACAAGUGCAGCCUGAUACAGAGAGAUGCGUGGACCCUGUUUAUCAGGAUGGGAACAUUGUUUCUGGAUCAUUGGAGGCCUUGAUAGAGCGCCUGGUACCCACCAUGGACUAUUAUCCAGAUAGGACUUACAUCUUCACUUUCCUGUUGAGCUCCCGAGUCUUCAUUCACCCACAUGAGCUCCUGGCUAAAGUGGGACAGAUCUGCAUUAAACAGAAGCAGCAGCUGGAAGCCGGGACUGAGGCAGAAAAGGCAAAGCUGAAGUCCUUCGCUGCCAAAAUCAUCCAGCUCCUGAAGGAAUGGACUGAAACUUUCCCCUACGAUUUCCAAGAUGAAAAAUCCAUGAAGGAGUUGAAGGAGAUUGCUCACAGGAUCACCCAGUGUGAUGAGGAAAAUGGCACGGUGAAAAAGAUCAUUAGCCAGAUGACACAGAACCUCCUGAUGGCUCUCUCUGCACGGAGCCAAUACCAGGAAAUCAAAGAGAAAUUCCGGCAACCUGCUACGGACAAAGGCACCAUCCUCAAAACCAAGCCACAGUCUACUCAAAAGGACAUUCUGAGUGUGUGCUGUGACCCUCUGAUCUUGGCACAACAGCUAACCCAUAUUGAACUGGAACGGGUGAGCAACAUUUACCCAGAGGAUCUGAUGCAGAUUGUCAGCCACAUGGACUCUCUGGAUAAUCACAAGUGCCGAGGCGAUGUUACCAAAACCUACAAUUUGGAGGCCUAUGACAACUGGUUCAACUGUCUUAGCAUGCUGGUGGCCACUGAGAUUUGCAGGGUUGUAAAGAAAAAACAGCGUACAAGAAUGGUGGAAUUUUUCAUUGAUGUGGCAAGAGAGUGCUUCAACAUUGGAAACUUCAACUCAAUGAUGGCUAUUAUCUCUGGCAUGAACUUGAGUCCUGUGGCACGGCUAAAGAAAACUUGGUCCAAGGUCAAAACUGCCAAAUUCGACGUGUUAGAGCAUCACAUGGAUCCAUCCAGCAACUUCUGCAAUUACCGCACGGCCCUGCAAGGAGCAGCACAGCGAUCUCAGACUGCCAACAGCAAUCGAGAGAAAAUAGUCAUCCCAGUUUUCAACCUGUUUAUCAAAGAUAUCUACUUCCUGCACAAAAUACACACAAACCGCUUACCCAAUGGGCAGAUAAACUUCAAGAAAUUCUGGGAAAUAUCAAGACAGAUUCAUGAUUUCCUGACAUGGAAGCAGGUCGAGUGUCCUUUUGAAAAGGACAAGAAGAUCCAGAGUUAUCUACUCACUGCACCCAUUUACAGUGAAGAAGCUCUGUUUAUUGCAUCUUUUGAAAGUGAAGGUCCAGAAAACCACAUGGAAAAAGACAGCUGGAAAACACUCAGGACUACUCUGCUUAACAGGGCCUGAGAUUUUUGGAUCUGAUCUGCAGACUUCAAAGCACACAGAAUGAAUGUGUUUUUACAACCUGAAAGACUUGGACUGAGUUAAGAUGACCUCACUGGUUGAGGUCUGUUUUGUAUAUACAGUACCUUUUAUGAAACAAAAUGUGGUAAAUAUUUCACAUGUCAACCUUAAGGCACUUAAGUGAAGGGUUUUGUUUUUUUAUUUAAGAAAAAAAAAAAAAGGGCAGGGCCCUGUUCUC